AUGGCCUCCACCUCCACCUCCUCCACCGAGGGUAGACGCGAGGCCGAGUAUGAAAUCUCCGAUGACCACCGCGGCGCGUGGGAGUGCCACGAGCGCACGGUGCAGGAGCUCCUCCAGCGACGCCGCGCCUACGCCAUGGUCGUGCCCACUAACGGGCUCUUCGACGAGCGUGAGAUGGAGCGUCGCGAUCGCCUCCGAGCCCUCAUGGUCCGGCUCAAGGCCGAUGGCCAGGUCAACCAUCUCCUCCGUGCAUAG